AUGGAUCAAGCUGCGAUAUACAUCGCGCAGACAACCACUAGAUACCCUCCUCUAUCACCCAUAGAAGAGAAGAAAUUAAUACGAAGGAUAGACUGGAUCCUUGUCCCAAUGCUUCUCUUAACCGCUACGUUGGGUGCGGUAGAUAAAGUUGCCAUUAGUACUGCAGCUAUCUACGGAUUGAGAGAUGAUUUACAUCUCACUGGUAAUCAAUACUCAUGGGCGGGUUCUAUUCUUUACUUCGGGUGCGUCUUUGGCAUGUGGCCUUCGUCAUAUGUCCUACAACGAGUCCCAUCGGCGAAAUAUCUAGCUAGCUGCUCAUUCGGCUGGUCCAUUCUCUCGUUACUGAUUCCAGCAUCUCGUAACUUUUCACACUUGAUGAUUUUGAGGUUUUUGAUGGGCUGUUUGGAAGGCAUUAUAGUCCCAUCUAUAUCUCUAGUCAUCGCAGGCUUCUAUAAAAAAGCUGAACAGCCACCUCGUAAUGCCGUCGCAUUUGCCGCCAUCAGUUCCGUUAUCAACGGUUUUCUGUCCUGGGCUGUAGGACAAAUUCCAUCAUCAGCGCCUCUGGCAAAAUGGCAAUAUCUGUUUCUUAUUACUGGAACGAUUUCUCUUGCAUGGUCAUUCGUUGCCUUUUUGUACCUUCCAGACACGCCAAUGAACGCUUGGUUUUUGAACGAGCGAGAAAAGUACUAUAUCAUUACUCGCCUGGCGGAGAACAAGACUGGCAUUGUAAGUAAGACGUGGAAAAGAGAACAAGCAGUAGAGGCCAUCAUCGACCCAAAGACUUGGAUUAUCUUUCUCUUCAAUAUUGCUAUUAACGUACCCAAUGGAGGCUUGAUAACAUUCAACGGCAUCAUCGUUAACAACCUCGGAUUUUCCGCCGUCCAGACAUCUCUCCUCAACAUGCCGACCGGUAUUAUGUCGACAUUAUCUGCAUUCGGAUUCUCAUGGCUGGCCGCCAAAUGGACUAAUCGUCGAUGUCUGGUUACCAUGAUCGCAGCAUUUGUCCCGGCAAUUGGUGCGAUAUUGGUGUAUGCUCUACCGAGGAAGAACAUUGGCGGCCAGAUGGUUGGAAUUUAUCUGCUUUACACAUACUUUGGGCCUUAUGUAUUGGGUAUUUCUCUCGGACAGGCCAACACUGCCGGCCAUACAAAAAAGAGCGUCCAAUAUUCCAUCAUGUACAUUGGCUACGCAGUCGGCAAUCUAAUCGGUCCCCAAACUUUCCGCGCAAACCAAGCGCCCGCCUACACAGGUGGUUUUGUCUCUAUGCUCAUCUGCUACUGCGUGUGUAUCGGGCUAAUGGGCACAUACUGGAUUCUCGCGGCGGUUCUCAAUGCUAAACGGGAAACUAUCGCAUCGUCAACUUUACCUUCGGUGAUGACAACUCGACCAAUACCCACAACGAAUCUGUCCAACAGCAACAACAACUAUGCAUCGGAUGUGGAUAGUAUAUCUGAAUACGCUUUUGCAGAUUUGACGGAUUUCGAGCAGUUAGACUUCCGGUAUACGACAUAG